AUGCAGCAACGGCUACUCCCAGACCCGAUCCAUCAAACCACACGCAUCUCGCCCCGCGUCUACUCACGUGACUGGGCGUCGGUGUUCACGCGCGCGGCGCGUCUUCGAACUUAUCAUCUUCGCAGUCCAGACGCCGAGAAAGAUCAAAUCAGCGCUCGCACUAUGGCCGAUGAAGAUCUGAAACUCUUUGAGCAAUGCCGUAUCUGCAUUGUUUGUUCCAAUGAUCUUCCUUUGGAAACGGCCGAGCAACUUGCAGCUGUUAUCGGAGAAUAUGGUGGUGAACCGUCCAUACACCAGUCAAGCCCUGAGAAAGAAGACACGAUCGAGUGCACCCAUAUCGUCGCAAGCAAUACCCAUUUCCACACCUAUGAUCUAGCUCGCAAGACAUUGAUCCCAGUAGUGAAGCCCUCUUGGAUUCACACCUCGCUUGCGAAACGGAAAGUGGCCAAUCCCCGCCAGCAUAGCCCUGAUCCGCGGCUAUUUCUCAGCGAUGUGGUGGUGACAUGUGGUGAUAUCCCCGAAGGCGACAAAGAUGCGAUUAUCGGCGGGGUCGUGGCCAAAGGAGGGCUAUACAGCCCUCGAAUGACUGGAAUGGUCACGCACUUGGUGGACUUGACAACGGAUUCGGAUAAGGCCCGAUUGGUUCUGGCCAAGAAAUUGCGUGUCAAGAUUGUGUUGCCACACUGGUUUGAUGACUGCUUGAAACUCGGCCAGCGGAUUGAUGAACGCCCUUAUACGUUACCCGAUCCGGAGAUUUUGCGCGCGGGAUUCGAUGCACCCGUCCGCUUCAACGAGAACAAGGUCUUAGCGGGCGCCUCCACCCCGGAGCCAUUGACAAUGCCUUCAACCUCCGGCGUGACCGGCGACAAGACGAGCGUCUUUGCAGGCAAAUCGAUCAUGCUCUCGCCAGACUUGGCCAUCGGCUCACAUAUGUUGGAAUCGAUUGAGACGGUACUCAAAGAAGGCGGUGCAAGCAUGACCACAAAUGUCGAAGACGCAGACUGGUUGAUCUGUCGAUUCCGCGAGGGGGUUGUGUACCGGGCAGCAUCUCGUCUGGACAAGACCGUGGGCAAUCUUGCGUGGCUGUACCACCUCAUGACCUUCAAUUCUUACACCCGUCCUUUGAGUCGACUGCUGCACUAUCCCGUGUCACGCACUCCCAUUCCAGGGUUUGAGGGAUUGAAGAUCAGCCUGUCCAAUUAUGUUGGAGAGGCCAGAAUCUACCUUGAGAAUUUGAUCGCCGCAGCUGGUGCUGAAUGUACAAAGACACUGAAGCAAGAGAACACUCAUCUCAUCACUGCUCACGGAAAUAGUGAGAAAUGCAGCGCCGCGCGAGAAUGGGGAUUGCAAGUCGUGAAUCACCUGUGGCUCGAAGACAGCUACGCCGCCUGGAAGCUGCAACCGGUGUCCAACCCCCGUUAUACCCAUUUCCCACUGCGCACAAAUCUUGGCGAUAUCGCUGGCCAGAAAAUGCUCGACCGUGAUGUCCUCGAGCGGAUUUUCUUCCCCGCCGAGCCCGUGGAAGAGCGUGAGAUCCCACAGCGUGGCGCUCGGACUCAAGAUCAGGACAGCAAAUCAAUGGACCCUCCUGCAGAGAAGCCGGACAAGGAAAACCUGCAUGCCACCGAGACCAGUCAGAGCACUCCCCAAAUAAAGACCAAGCGGGGCCGUCGGACCAGCGAGUCCAAGCAAGCGCAGACGCCUGCGCGAUCCCGGCUCGUUCCCGAUGACAAGGAAAAUGUGACACCUUCAUCUACUAAUAGCCGUAAAUCCAAGGAAGCGGCCGCGGCCCGGCUUCACGAGAUUGCACCAGACAUUGCCCUCUACGAGAAGGAGACAAAACGGGUUGGGGGUGUGAUCUAUGGUGGCCGGCGGAAAUCAGACGAGGACCGGAUCACCGUGAGCGCGAAGAAGCGCCGGUCCCUUGAGCCGCGAGAAGAGAGCGAAAGCGAACAAGCUUCGGACCCGAAGCGGCAGAAGAAAUCGCGACCACCCAUUUCAAUGCACUUGUUGAUUACUGGCUAUCAGAAAUGGGUGGGCAAGGGGAAUGAGAAGAAAGAGGAUGCAGACAAACGCACCCUACGAGACCUCGGAAUCAUGGUGGUUCAAGAUGCUCGCAAAUGCACACAUCUGGCCGCGCCCACCAUCUUGCGGACAGCCAAGUUUGUCAAUGCGCUGGCCUAUGCGCCAGUGAUUAUGCACACUGAUUUUGUUGACAGCUGUCUCAAGCAGAAUGAGCUGCUUGACCCGCGAGAUUUCCCGCUUGUGGAUAAGACCGCAGAAUCCAAGUUCCACAUCUCCCUCGCAAAAUCUCUUCAGAAUGCGAAGAAGAACAAGAACAAACUUCUGCAGGGGCUGCGCAUCUUCUGUAUUGAAGAUAUUCGAGGAGGAUUUGAUGCUUUCAAAUCCAUCGUGGAAGCCAAUGGCGGAGAGUGCCUACUUUUCCGCGGCCGUCUCGGACUUAACCACACUUCACGGCGCGAAGAAAGCGACGAUGAGGAUGAAGAGAUGCAAGGGGACGAGCCGGGUCGCAGUGAAGUGUAUCUUUUGAGUGGCCCAGAACGGAAACAUGCUCGAAUGUGGCCACGAUUCCGGCAAUUAGCCGGGGACGUUAAGCGCAAUCCUCGCAUCGUGCGUGUUGACUGGCUUCUGGACAUGGCCAUGUCACAGAAGCUCCGCCCGGCUGAUGAGUACGAGUUGAACGAAUCCUUGAUUGAAGAAGCAGAGGACUAG